AUGUCCACAGACCCCAAGACCAAGGUAGGAGGUGUUGCCAGUCUUGCUGACCCUCGCACCGGCCCUGCCCCGACGACUGCUGGGCCUCAUCGGUCUGACCUGGCCAACAAACUCGACCCGCGCGUGGACAGCGACCUGAACAACCGCGCCCAGUACGCCCCUGGGACGACUCUCUCGGGCAACUUCCAUCCAGGAACCACGCAGCAGCUCCCCUCGCCGUCGUCUGCGUCCAACUACGGCCCGCACGAAGCUAUCAUGGAGGAACCGCAGUACACCAACACCCUGUCGGGUUCAGACAGCGAUGACCCGGCGAGACGCUCCGUCGACCUCGUGCAGGAGGAUGAGGCCGACGAGAUGGUCGGCGUCAGCAUCAGUCGCACCCAGAGCCGGAUGAAGGCCCGCCGGACUCCCGCGGAGGAGAAGACUCGCAUGAUGGAACGUCACGGAGGCUUCUUCGAGACCAUCCCGGAUGACGACGACGGGGAGAAGGAGAACACCUUUCUUCCUGAAAUCACUGCCGAGCCGGAGUCGCUCGUUCAGAGCUCAUCGGAGGAGACAUCGCACGCGAAGCCUCCCGCGACAACGACGUCGGGAACGGCGGCAACGUCAGCAGCAGCAACAGCAGCAACAAAACCAAAGGACGGCCAACGGACUAGCUUCACUCGGUCGAUUCUGAAGAACGGCCUGCCUCUGCGAUCGCGCGCGUGGUCUGGCGAUGCGAUCACUAAUCUGAAAAAGAAGUUCCUACCGGACCUCGGAUCGCUAGCCAAACGCUCGACGCUGGCAUUCCGCUCCGGCUCGUCGUCAAACCAGAAUCGCCAGGGCUAUUUGUCUAGUAACACAUCGCCGAGCCACUCGGACGAGGAGUCGCCGCGACAGCAACCGCGGCAGCAGCAGCAGCAGCAGCAGCAGCAGACAGAUGGAUUCUGGAGAUCAUGCUCAAACCUACAUCAUAGCCCGACCGACGAGUUGGUCCCGGACUUGCAGGGUCUCGAUGCGACCGGCGCGGCCAAACACUCGUACACGCGCCGCCCCAGCGUGUCGGUCAACGGUCGCCCGCGCAGUCUUCACCGGUCGGCGUCGGACCAUUCGCUAUACCUGCGGGCCUCGUCAACCGCGUCGUCGCUCGAACAGCGGCCACGGUACGAAAACAUCCACUCGCAGGUGAACAGCCGCUUCAAGGCGAUCAAGGACAGUCUCCAGGACUCCAGCAGUCGCUUGCUUAGCAUGCCGACUCUGCAUCUGCAGGACUUUCGUACCGAAUGGGGGUACCGGCCUUUUACGAGUGAUGUGCAUCAACGGAUGCAUCCUCCUACUUCGGGGAAUUCCUUUACGAGCAAUGGAGGAAAUCACACUAGCAAUGGGGUGAAAAGUCAUACGCCGUCCCCCCGCAGCAACUCGGCCAGCCUGUACCCGAUCCUCUCCGAAGCCAUGUCGGAAAUGACAGGCGACGUGGUUGUCAUGGGCGGGUACCGAGGCUCGAUCCUGCGGUCGGCCAAACCACCGCACCGCCAGCUAUGGGUACCGAUGAAGGUAGGCCUGAACCUGCGCAAGGUCGACCUCGAGGUCGGCCUGGAGCCAGAAGACGAGGAGACGAUGCCCGAGCGGAUCAUCCCGUCCGGCGUACUGUCGCACAUCGGGCCGGUGGACAUCUGCCGCCGGCUGCUCCGCCAGCUGCAGAAGUGCGACAACGCCGUGCGCGGCGACCUCCGCGUCUGGGACUACGGGUACGACUGGCGACUGAGCCCGCACCUGCUGGCCCGCCAGCUCAUCCGUUACCUGGAGGGUCUCCCCUGCAACUCGCCCAAUAUGCCCCCCGAGCGACGGGGCGCCAUUGUCAUCGCCCACAGCCUGGGCGGCCUAAUCACCCGCCACGCCGUCAACCAGCGGCCAGAGCUGUUUGCCGGCGUGCUCUACGCGGGCGUCCCGCAGCACUGCGUCAACAUUCUAGGACCCUUACGCAACGGCGACGACGUCCUGCUCAGCUCGCGCGUGCUCACCGCCCAGGUCAACUUCACCUUCCGCACCAGCUUCGCCCUCCUGCCCGAGGACGGCCGGUGCUUCAUCAACCGCAAGACAAAGGAGGAGUAUCCCGUGGACUUUUUCUCCGCCGACGCCUGGGACACACACCGGCUGUCCCCGUGCCUCCAGCCUGCUCUGCCGGCGUCGUCGUCGGCCUCGCGCGGCACGGGGUUCAUCGACCAGCUGCAGAACAAGGCGCGCAUUCCCAAGCGGCUGUCAAGUAUGUUUGGCCAAGAGAUGGACGGACCAGAGAUCGGGAAUGAGGUGCAACAAAAACAAGAACAAGAACAAGAACAAGAACAACAACCCAAUACCACUUCCAAGGCUGUGGCCGCCCUAGAAUCUUCAGUCAACAGCGUGGCCGCCCCGCCGACGAGUCCACGCACCACCACGACCACCACCAAGAUCGGCCAGGUAUGCACGAUCCCUCGCCCUGCAGCAAUGGCAUACCUGCGCCGCACCCUCGCGGAGAUCAAACAGUUCAAGACCGAGCUGGCCUUCAACCCCACCCACCAGUCGCAGAACAGAUACCCGCCCUUCGCGGUGCUGUACGGCAAAUCCGUGCCAACCGUGUACGGGGCGCGCGUCUCCUCGCGCGAAACCAUCCAGUGCCAGGACGCGUAUGACGAUCUGGCCUUCGCCGCGGGGGACGGCGUCUGUCUCGCCUCCGCGGCGAUGCUCCCGGCUGGAUACCGGAUUAUCAAGGACGGACUGGUCAAGAGCGAUCGCGGGCAUGUUGGUCUUCUUGGGGAUCUGGAGGGAGUCGGGCAGUGUCUGCGUGCGUUGGUCAGGGGGAGACGUGAAGGUGUUGGUAUGAACGUUGAACGGUAG